CAGCCCGGGUGCAAGGGGCCGCCGCCGCCAGCCCCCAGGCCGGCCCCCGACGCCAGAGCCAAGCAGGUGCUGAAGGAGGCCGUGGAGGCGGUUGUCAACAGCUUUGCCAAGCAUACGCAGGGCUACGGCAGAGUUGGCUUUCCGAGCCGAGCGCGAAAUGUCGUGCGACACGCAGCCCUUUCUGCCGGCCCCUUGGUCCACCCCUAAGCACCACCGUCUUGACAACUUCCACCAGGACAGGGUGAACGUGGUAGAGGCUCUGCAGGAAUUUUGGCAAAUGAAGCAUGCGCGGGGCGCCGAAUUGCGGAACGGCGCUCUUGUCAUUUACGAAUCGGUGCCAGCAUCGAGUCCGCCCUACGUGUGCUACGUCACCCUGCCAGGAGGCUCGUGCUUUGGCAGCUUCCAGAACUGUCCAACGAAGGCUGAGGCGCGCAGAAGUGCGGCCAAAAUCGCGCUAAUGAACUCUGUGUUCAACGAACACCCGUCACGACGAAUCUCGGAUGACUUCAUCGAGAAGGCGGUGGCCGAAGCGAGGGCGUCCUUCAAGGGCGACCCGGAGGAGGCGGACAACCCGAACACUGGCAUCGGCGCGUUUCGCUUCAUGCUAGAGGCGAACAAGGGCCGCACGAUGCUCGAGUUCCAGGAACUGAUGACCGUGUUCCAGCUGCUGCACUGGAACGGCAGCCUGAAGGCGAUGCGCGAGCGGCAGUGUUCGCGGCAAGAGGUGGUGGCCCACUACUCGAACCGCGCCCUCGACGACGACAUGCGCUCUCAGAUGGCCCUCGACUGGCUGGCGCGCGAACACGAGAACCAGGGCGCCCUGAGCCGCGAACUGGGCCUGGCCGAGCGCGAACUGCAGGCGGCCAGACUGGCCGGACGCGAGCUGCGCUUCCCCAAGGAGAAGAAGGACAUCCUGAUGCUCGCGCACAGCCAGCUCAGCGGCGGCACCUAGCCCGCCGCCGCCGCCCACUCACCCCCAGUCGGGCCCCCGCCCGCCCCCGAUCUCGCGCUUAGCCCCCAGUUAGUGUGCUGAAAAGACUGCCGCCACCAGCCAUUCGCCGCGGCCGCGCACGCCCGCGGUGAUCGCAAUGACGGUUUUUGUUUGAUGUCUCUUCUGGCUGAUAAUCAAAAUUGCAGCGUUGACGCCUUCAAGGACUGGUAGGAUAAGGACGGGCAUGGCCAGGGUUGCAUAUAGGACCCGCAAUUUUAAAAUAAAAUGUAGUGCAUGGAUUAGCUAUUUUUGGCAAGGUAAAUAAAAAAAAUUUGAAAGCACAAAUUUCUAAAAUAAAACGCUUCUUUUGGCUUAUCAAAUUUUGGUAAAAUUAAACCGGGUGGUUUUCGACAAUGCAACCCUGGGCACAGGUGUGUUCCGACUCAAGCCGUAUGUCAUUCCACGGAUUAACUUUCGCCAAAAGGCAGGAGCGCUUUUCAUGCAUGCGGAAUUCUUGAGGCAUGACACCUGGAUUCAAAUUAGCAUGAUUACUAUAAAUUGUGCGUCUCUCCACGUCUUACUUAUCGUUGCACGGUGAUGUAAGCGACAAACAAGUCACAUACCUUGUCCGUACAACGCUCAAGACUUGACAAUAUUCUCAAAUUUUAUUUUAUCGAUAACUAAUGCGAAGCGUUAGCCUCUGUCUUGCCGCGUAUGAAAAGGAGCUGAGAUGGAGGAGAUUGCGUACGAAAUUGUUUGCUCAGACAUGCGUAAGUGAAAAUCCGCGUAAAAAUUUAGUUCAAGAAUAUUAGUAUUUUUGGCACUACUGGUACAAGAUUUGGCCGGAGUCGAGCCUGGAGUGUGUAAAAAAGGCCAGUCGAAAUUCGCGACGGAGCACUGGCAGCGUAAUUCUGAACGAAUUAUUAAAAAUGCUCAUAUACAUACUUGUUUUAGUUACUUGAAUCGCGACUUGAACUCCUUGCUGCCGUACUCUCGAUCCAAAACCUGCUUCUCAAAUAACUAUGAAAAUGCGAUCAUCGAAGAAAUUAGAAAUUUUCAUUUUUAUUUGUGCCGUCGUGGUUGAGAAAAUUCUGCGGAAAAUGGGCGUCACAAAUUUCUCGACGAUUUACAUACGCGAACCUUCGGCGAGAAGUUGUCUAAAAAAGGAAGGGCGACCGAGCGAAACGAAAAAGAGCUUAAAUUCGUCCCUCUCCUCUCUUCCUGGCGCACCGUGUGCAGACCUAUCCAUAAAAAUGAUGGAAUGAUUGUCGUCUGGCCCAAGGCUUCAAUUGUUGCCCGGCUUGAGAAUGCAGCAAGCGCGUGUUAAUUCCGAGAACACGGCUCGACGGCGGCCGCCACCGCCGAUGCACACACACACACACACGCGCGGUAAUAGAUGCAAAUUGUGCAGGCUCGGUGCAAGCGCAAUUAGCCUGAUUGCCCUGCAAUUACUCACGAGCGAAUAUGUUUGUGUGCACGCGGAGGAGAAGAGUAAUAACGGGCCAAAAUAUCAUCCAGGCCUGCGGGCUGCGACGCAUAAUUAUUGACAAAUCGAGAGUAACGAUACGCAUCAAGGCAAAACCAGUUUUCGCGAUUAUUUCAUGCUUGGCCUGUCUCUAUCUCUCUCUCUCUCUCUCUCGCACGCCGCCGCCGCCGAGCCAGUACAGCCGAGGGGUCGCCCAGCGCCCGAAAAUCACUCAUCGCCUAGCUCUGGUCCUGCCCCAAAACGCAGCCAAUACAUUCCUCGUCGUCUCGGCCGACGCUCGCAAUUUUGCUCACAUCGCUUAUUAAAGUUGUCAUUUUUUAUGAAGCCAGCGCGCGCCGCGCAAGACGACUCGGAAAAUGCCAGCCAAGCGCGAUUCUCGCUCCAAAAUUAUCCUUCGUAAUUAUAUCCGAUCGCGGAUUGAUGUGAAAGGCAGGCGUCUUUGCUGUUGGGCAGAUUGAAAUUACGCCCAGAACGAAAAGUUGUUAAUCGAUCGAUCGAUCGGACGAGCACAAGAUAUUUUAUAUAUUUUUACUGAAAACGCUAGGAAAUCGACUCAACUGAAAACAAAAUCUGUCAUCUGUUAAAAGAGACAUUGUGUCUGUGAUAGGGUGAACUGUUUUGUGUAAAAAUGAAGCAAUUCGAUCCAGCAUUAAAUUAUUUUUGUCGGGCGCACACGAUUACUUUUUAAUCUUGUGUAAAAAGUAUUUUAAUUUUAAGAGAGAGAAAAUCAAGGAGGAUUGAUGUAAUUUGUUAUUAUGUGCAUAUAGCUAGGCGACGUAGCUCGUGUUUUUACGUAGACGAAUAUCCUGUUUUAAUGGAGAUUAGUGGUGGUGGGCAUAGAAUUACAGCGUUUGUUGAGGAGAGCCCAACACUCACUCAUUAACAUGUUGCCAGACAGAUAAUUCCGCAUUUCUCACUUUAUUAUCCAUUUCAGUGCAGCCUUGUAACCGAUAGCCUGUUCAACUAUUGUAUGCUUUGUUCACCUCUGUCCAUUGUAAAUUUGAAAUAAAGCUAAAUAAACUUCA